AUGCAGUGGAUUCCCCAAGUAGCUCUGGGUGCCACAGACAUCACUUAUUCUCUUUUGUUUAAAGACUGUGGGGAGGGCAGCUCUGGAGAUCAAAUAAAUCAAUGGCACCAUUUGGGAAGCCACAGCUGUGAACAGCUCCACGUUGUUUCCUGCUGUAGGAUGGAGGAUGGUGGGAGAGCCCACACUGCUGUUGUUGGCUGGGCCUGCAUGACCCUGUGCUUGGUCUCCUACGCGGCCGCCUUCUCGCAGGGCGCGAGCCUUUCCGCCUGCAGCGACAUGAUGCCCAGGCACCUGAGGGUGCAGCUGCACAGCUCCAACAGCAACUACGUCACUGUCCACACCAACAUGUCCUUCUUCUUCCCGGGAGACAAGGUGCCAGUGACAGUAAGAAGCACCCGGGAUUUCAUGGGCUUUAUGCUGCAAGCUCGCAAAGUGUCCAACAAUGAAAUUGCCGGCACAUUCAUCUUCCUGCCUCCCAGCUCCAAGCUGCUGACUUGUUUUGAAGAUGGUGACACUGUCACACACUCAGACAAGUCACUGAAGAGAAACCUGUCCUUUGUAUGGAAAGCACCAGACCAACCCAUUGGAGACAUCAAGUUUUUCAUCUCCAUAGUCCAGUCAUACUUUGUUUACUGGGCAAAGAUUGGAUCUGCUGUUGUGGCUCAGGGAGGGCAAAACAAGACUCUUGCUGACAAGAAGCCCGAUGCCGUAGUCCCCACGCCGCUGCAGGGGGCAGCUGACCCUCACCCCACAGGUAUGGUGAGCAAACCUUGCUGUUUCUUACCAGCACCUCCUGCAGAGGAUGGCCAUGGUCCCAUCUCUCCUGCAGCUGCCACUGGCUCCCUGCUGCCUGCCAGCCCCACUGGCAUUAUGGCAACACCAGCACCAGAGCCAGAUUUUGGUGUGGGGUCGGAGAGUCGUCCCUUUGCUGAGCCAAAGCAGCCGGCCCGGACUUUGCGGGCUGUGUCCAGCAGGAGUAUCCGGUCCAGAGGCCAGGGGCUGGAGCUGUCAUUUCCCACCCAAGACGUUGGAAUGGUGGAUGCCUUGCAAGGUUCUCUCUCCCAGGACAAUGCCUCCAGCAACAGCACCUUCAAUGGUGCAGGAAGCAUUGCCAGCGCUGCCACCCUACACUUGUGUUUGAUGUGUACAGACAACAGGAAGGGCAGUACUGAGAGUGGGACCAUCUUGAAAGCCUCUUUACGUGUGACAGCGUCUCCCUCUGCCCUGCACGUACGCACUCACCUGGGCAACAUCGCUGCAACCACAGCCUGGCUUGGUGAUGCCAACACUGCUGGCAAUUUGUCCUCGGCAUCAAGGCAAAUGGCAGGAAGAGAGUUGGCACCACAGCCAGAGGAAGCAGGCACCAGGGGUGAGGAGGACAAGGAUGAGCAGGAGGCAGCUGGGAAUACCCUGCCAUGGGUGACCAGACCAGCUCCUGAAUCUGCUGUUCCUGGGAUAGGGGAAGGCCCUGGCAGAGGAACCCAACUCCUUGCAGCCCAACUUGGCAUCCUCCUGGUCUGCACGGCCGCGCUGGCGCUGCUGCUGGCAGCUGCCAUGCGCUGUGUCUGUGCCCAGCACUGCCACAAGCGGGCCGAGGUGUCCUUCAGUGAGCCCGAGCCUGACAUCAUCACCAUCACGGGAAACGGGGCGGUGAUGCGCUUCCGAAAGAUCCGGGACAACAGCUUCGUGCUGGUGCCGGCCGAGUGCAACUGGGUCAGCCCCUCGCGCAGCGCGAAGAGGACUGUGGUGGUUUAGUCCCUCCUUGUGCUGCCAUACGGGCAAACAAACCUAAAGCAGCCAGUUCAGACAGAGAUGUUAGCAAUGUAUCUAAACUACAGCUGCUGAGAAAAUUGAAGCUGAUAAGAUUGCUCAGUGUGUUACACUUACUGUAAUUAAUAUUGUAUAUCUGCUCAUUAGCUGUCACUGUGGCAAUGACAUACUCUUCUUCUGUUGCCUUAAGGGUGUAGCCAAAAUUAGAAAUUCUUCCUCUGCAUUGUGGUAUUGAUUCCUGUUUAAUCUCAGAAAAAAGUUUCUAGUUUUAUAUUUCUUUCUAGGAACUACAAACCCAGCCUUUCUCAUUUAAGAGCUUGCAGGCUUGACUCUGUGUACUUGGUAUCCCUCGGAUGACAAAUAUUUGCCACAAAACUUCAAGUUUCAAUUUGAAAAUAAAAAGCAAUAACUCA